GCAGCAGUAGCUUGAAAACGGCGCACGUGCGGAGUCAACGUCUCGCAAUCACAGACAUGGCUGCCAUUGGUAUCUGCGGUGAGUGGAUGUUUCUGUCGUGUGGCACAAAGUUGAUAGCUGCUCACGUCAAGCAGGACAGAAAGCCAUUUGUAUUUGACUGUAGCACUGCUAAGAAAAAGGAAAAUGACCCAAAAGCUGACGACGACAAUAGUCUUGCAGGGACAACUGGAAGUGACAUAAUACUUGCGUUCACUAUUUCACCAUCCGGAAAAGUGGCGGCACUCACCGAUGACUCCAAACGACUGGUUCUAUUCGAGCGUCAACAUUGUUGGCAGUGUGUCAGCACCAGGUGGUUGGCGAGGAGGGGCACGUCCUUGGCGUUUACCAGGGGGGAAGAUGAGGUUCUUGUGGCUGAUAAAUCGGGUGAUGUGUACUCCUUCUCGGUGCUGCAACCGGAGAAGGAAGGCGAGCUUAAGAUGGGCCACCUUUCCAUGGUGCUCGCUCUCACGAUGUCACUUGAUGGGAAGUAUAUCAUCACUGCUGAUCGGGAUGAAAAAAUAAGAGUGAGUCACCUUUGUUCUCCGUACAACAUCCAGUCCUUCUGCCUAGGACACAAAGAGUUUGUCAGCUCGCUGUUGGUUCCUUCAGGCGAUCGGCACUGGUUGCUGUCAGGAUCAGGGGACGGGACGAUGAAGCUGUGGGAGUACAAAACCGGCCGGAGGCUCCAAAGCUAUGACUUGAAAGACCUCGACGAGACGCACGUCUCUAAAUUGGAGAACGAGAGGGUAACCGUUUGCCACAUAACCGGCUCCCCCGAUGGACGUCACGUAGCUGUGCAGUGUGACGGAGUGUCAACGAUUCGUUUUUUCGCGCUGAAGCGAGAGAAUGACGAAAAAAAACUCGUGCCGCACAGCAGGCUUUCCCUGCCACGUUGUCCUCUCGACAUGACCUUUGACCCAGAAGGCCGGCUUUGGGUGCUGAUGGAUUCCGUGGAGACGCUGCUUCAAAUCUACACGCUUGAACAAAGCACCUGGAAGUGUGAAACCGCUAGUCCUGAACUGAAAAGAGCGACUGCUGCCUUCGAGCCUCACUGGGAGACAAUUGACGUUGCCGCUAAGGCUACCAGCCGUUUUGAACAUCUGCACAAGCCGACUUUCGAUAACGUGGCCGUGUACAUGGAAAAGAAGCAGCAACGACUGGAGGAGCAGCAGAAGCAGAAGAGGAGGAAAAUGGAACCGAAAGGCAAUGGCAAGAAGGCCAGAAAAGUGGUGUGAAAUGCCUUUGUCAUCUCCACGUGCUGAAUUUUGAAUUUAUUUGACUGUUUUGGAUGACGCAUCAUGAUAAAUGUCAAUCACAUGGCAUCAUUUUAUGUUUUGCAGAUUUUUUUGAUAUGCCUCCCACAUGUAUCCAGAGCUAUAUAAAAAAAUAAA